AUGGCGAGCAAAUUAUUAAGAGUGCUAUCGUCUUUGACUCAAGGGAGUCAAUCAUCUCGACCGGUGUCGGUUGCUUCUGCGCUAUCUGACGCCGGAGAUACUCCAAUGGAAGACGGGACCAACUCGGCCAAUGAGUCAGUCCUUCAAUUAUCCCACUCUCGCACCUCAUCCGUGGGAGGAGACCGAAAACCUCAAAACGAACUUCGAGCACUGGCAUCGCUGGCUUCCCAAUGUGCCCUCUCCUUGAUCGAAGUCGCGGAUGAGCUCAAGCCUGUGCCUUACAUUGGCCCACUGGUAGAGUGCUUGACGCUUGUCUUUCGGGCUGUGGAGCGGACACGGGUGAACAAAGAGCAGUGGAAGCUACUCCAGGGCCGAUGUGUGAUGGUGUUACGUAUUGGCGGAGCGCAAGUGAUGAACAAUGGACAUCAGCAUUAUCCUGGACUCGUCGAAGCCGCUCGGGAACUAGAGAACACCCUAGAUGAGAUUACGAAGCGCGUAGAGCAUUAUAACCAAAUGAAGGACACAUUCACACUUCUGAAGCAUCAAACUAUCAGUGAGGAGAUCGAACGUUUCUUUGGAAAGCUUGACUAUUGUCUACGUCUAUUUUCUGUAGCGCCGACGUCGCCCAGGCUCAAUGGAUCGGACAAUUCCGUGCCGUUAGAGAACAGAAAUAUUGAACGCCUUCAAGAUGAACUUGAACGACAUGAAGGUCGACAUACAAGGGAACUAACAGACAUGAAGGUCGACAUACAGGGAAUCGAUCAUAAAGGGGUACUAUCAAAGAUAGACAAGAUAGACGAAGCACUCCGCCAAGUUCUUGACAAUAAAUCCGCGAUUCUGCAAGCGCAAUCUACAACAACUGCAGACACCUAUAUCGACGCACAACAGAUCAUCCGAACCAUCCUGUCAGUCACAAAACUCCAACUACCACCCAAGCUCUUACUCGGAAAGCAAUGCAUACUCGACGCAAACGUCCCGAUUCAAACGGGCAUCACAUGUGUUUACCUGGCCUCUUUUCUCGGAGGAGAGAAAGUGGCCAAGAAGGUAUUUAGGCUUGGAAUAUCCGAUCAGAAGAGUGUGGACAAGUACGCUUCGCGGUUUUUGCGGAUUGCUGAGUUGUGGUCUAAGCUUCGGUCGGAUUAUACUCUUCCAUUCUAUGGAAUUGGGAUGGAGCCGUCUGGAAGGAAUAAUCAUUUCCAGUUAUACAUGGUCUCUCCGUGGAUGAAGAACUUUGAUGCGAUGACAUAUCUGGAUCGCUAUCGCGAUAACAGUGGAGUGAAGAAAAACAUCCUCCAAAUAGUCACUGAUGCUGCAUUAGGACUCCAAUAUCUUCACAACCGUCCACCUGUGGUUCACUCUGGAAUGAAAGGAGCCCUGGAGAACGAUGAAGACCCGGAGCUUCCUGUUGUGAUGACAGGCAAGACCGAAGCGCAACGAUGGAUGGCGCCAGAGAUGUUUGGCGAUGGUGAGCUCGUGCUCACAACUCAUUGCGAUGUCUGGGGAUGGGCAAUGGCUACUCUCGAAAUUAUUAGCGGCUCGGUUCCUUACUGCAAGCAUAGACAAGAUAUGAAUGUCAUGUACAAGAUACUAGAAGGUCCACCCCAGCGUAAAGACUACCCGAAGUUCGACAAAUAUAUACAUAAACCUGACAAAAUGUGGGAGUUGUUGGAAAAAUGUUGGGCUAACGAGCCUGAGAGCCGGCCAACAAUGGACGAGGUAGUUGUGGCUUUGAAGGCAAUUGCCAGGAUGCCCGAGUAG